AUGGAAAUAAGGGUCAUCGUAGAUGGGAUCGAACGGAGUGUUUCCGGAAUAACGAAUAGCACGACAUGCGCUCAAAUUAUUUAUGCUCUUGCCCAUGCUACUGGACAGAAGGGCCGUUUCGUUUUAAUUGAAAAAUUUCGAGAUACGGAAAGAAGUUUGGCACCGUUAGAUCGACCGCUUGAAAUGUUAAAGAAAAGGGGUACGCAUUCACGUUACGUGACGUUUCUGCUGAAGCAUCUAGAUGAGGGUCCAUUAUCAGUUACCGGCGAAACUUACCUUGUUGAUACUGACGAUCGUUUGGAAAAUUCACAACUGAAAGAACCAUGCUUCACUUCAUUGGUUAGUUCUGUACCCCAAGGUGUGCACAUCAACGAACAGUCGUAUCGUCCAGUCUUCCAAAAAACCAGCAUGCAAGAGGUGACCGUUGAACGAAUCAAGAAUCGCCCACCUCCACCGGCCUACCAUGAAGUAAUUGAACAACGUUUUACUUCUUUAUCCAAACAGAACACGCCAUUCUCAUCAUUAACACCAAUACAAUCGGCUGAUAUUUCCAUCAAUGACCAAUCGCGCCUUAUUAACAGUGUAGCGUCUCAGCCAAUCAGUCUGGAUAGCGGUGGUGUUUUGAUAAAAAAAUUGAGUACUAAUGCCUUGGAAGAACUGAUUCAAGAUCAGAGUCAAAUUAUCGAUCAACAGAAAGCUCAUUUAGCCAGUUUGGAUCUUGCUGUCGACAAUGCCCAACAACGAGAAGUUAUCCAACUGAAAAGACAACAGGAAAAUUUAAGAGCUGUACUGAAUCCGUUACGGGAACGUGAGUGGCCAAACCGUUUACAACAUGAGCGUACUGAGUUGCAGAAAAUUACUGCGGCCAUCAAUGAAUUUAAACAGAAGUUGGAUGCCAUCACAAAUGAAGUUAAAUUGCGAACUGAAGAAAGGGAGGAAUUAGAAUACGGUAUACUGAUGUUGGAGGACGAACUCAAACAGCUGGAGGAUGAUAUCAACGAUGCGAUGUGGUCCGAGUUAACGAAUGAAUAA